CAAUAGAUGGCGAAUAAAUCGGUGUAAUCUUUUACAUGUGACAUUUUUAGGUUAAAGUAACCUCUAAAUUUUCUUAAAAAUGGAUACAAAUGAAGACCAAAAUAAGUAUAAACGUAAAAGGAAGAAGUCUUUUUUAAAAAAUGCAAGAAAAUAUGGUAAAAAGGGUUGUUAUGGUCGUGGGGUUCAAUUAGAUGCGGACACCUACCAAUAUGUAGUGAAAAGUUAAAGUAACCUCUAAAUUUUCUUAAAAAUGGAUACAAAUGAAGACCAAAAUAAGUAUAAACGUAAAAGGAAGAAGUCUUUUUUAAAGAAUGCAAGAAAGUAUGGUAAAAAGGGUUGUUAUGGUCGUGGGGUUCAAUUAGAUGCGGACACCUACCAAUAUGUAGUGAAAAGUAUGGAAGCUUUUCGUGAAGGUUUUGAUUCAGAAGAAAAUAAAAAGAUGUUUAUUGAAAAUGUAUUUAAACGAACUGAAGGGGAGGAAUUGAACUUUUCUUGUAAUCAAGUUGGAUCUCGAUUCAUUGAAACUCUUUUACCUUUUGCUAACGAUUCGAUAAUUCAACGUUUUUUAGAUGCAUUUAUGACGGAUUUACGACCAUUGUGUAAUGAUAGAUUUUCAAGUCAUGUUAUCGAGGCGUUGUUUACAGAAGCUUAUAAAAGAUCUUUUGCUAAAAAUGUUGAUGAAGAACAACAAGAAUCUUUUAAACAAUUUGUGUUAAAAGUAAGCAAAUUUUUGGUGAAUAAUCUCGAAGAUUUCGUUUGGGAAACUUAUGUUAAUCAUGUAAUAAGAAGUAUUUUCGAAAAAUUAUUACAAAUUCAAAAGGAACCAUUAAAAUCCCAAAAUAAAAAUAUAGAAACAGAUAUUCCUUUGGAGUAUUCUCAGUUAGCAAUUGAUUUUGCAGAGAGGUUACUUGCUUGGCCUCAAUUUAGAGAUUUACCUUAUACAGAGUUACCCUCAGGGCUUUUACAAGUUUUAUUGAAAGGUUUAGCAAAAGUUGAUGCUAAGUUAUUAAAAAAAUUUAUUAAUAAAUUGAUUGAUGAAUGUUUUACUUCUGAACAAAACGAAGAUACAUCUUCUAAUAAGAAGAAUUGGCCUCAAAUAUUUUAUUCCAAACCUGCUUUAAUGGUGUUGGAAACCACUCUUGAAACAGCAUCCCCAAAACAUUACACUCAAAUUUAUGCAAAGUGUUUCUCAGGGAGAAUCGCUUCUUUAGCAACCACAAGAAACACAAACUUUGUAAUUCAAAAAUUAUUAUUAAAUUGCAAAGAAAAAGUUGAAUUUGAAGCUAUUUUUGAUGAAUUAAAUGAUCAUUUUGAAGAAAUUAUCAAUAAUGGACACUCUGGGGUUUUAUUUGCUCUUUCAGAAGGUUGUAAAAACCUUUCAUCAAAACAAGGAGGUUUAAUUCAGAAUUUAAUGAAGUCGUUACAUUGUUCUGAAUCUGAAGAUAAAGAAAAAUCAUUUAUUAUUUGUUUAUGCAAAUUAAUCAAUUACGAAACUCUCCAAAACACAAAAACAACAAACUUGGAAAAAGAAAAACUUAAUUUACACGGAACUUUAAUCCUCCAAAACAUUUUAGAAUUCAAUAAACCCAUUAAAAUAAUUAAUUUAAUCUUAGACAUGGAAUUGGGCGAUUUAAAAGGUUUAUUUUCGAAUACAAUGGGGAGUCAUAUCGUUGAUUCUUUCAUGAAAAGUAAAUUUAUUGGUGAAAAAAGUCGGGAGAGAUUAAUAAGGAAGUUACAAGGUUCUUAUCAAGAUUUGGCUGGCACUAAAUAUGGCUCAAGAAGUUUUGAAGCGAUUUGGAACGUUUGCGGAGUAAAAUAUAAAUUAAAUAUUAUACAAGAAUUAGCACAAAAAGAUGGGCUUUGGUCGAAUUCGGAAUGCGGAAAAAUUGUUGCCAAUAAAAUCGAUUUGGCACUAUUUAAACGGAAUAAAGAAGAAUGGAAAAAUUCUUUGAAUAAAGUUGAUAAAGUAAACGAUUUAAAAAAUUUAACCAAACUGUUAAAAACAUAAUAAAUUAAAAUGUAAAAGUCAAAAUCAAUGAAACUUACCUUCGAAAUGUUGUAGAUUAAUUUAACUCAUAGUCCUUUUUAAUAACUGAAAUUCACAUUGAAUUUUGAUGAUUAUCUCAUCAAAAAUGCUAACCUCUAAUUGAUAAUUAGGGAUUUUCUUUUGCAAUGUGAAUUAUGGAGGAAAAAUUACAAUGAAACAAUGUUUGGUUACGACUAGUGAGACUCAA